AUGGCCGACCAAGGAGGUCCUUCGAGCGCCGGGAGCAAGGUCGGCUUCUCACUUCAAAACAUUCCUCCUCCCGCUCACGUCCAGCACUCCCGCGGAACCGGCCACGCUCCUCUUCAUCCGACCAUGACCCAAGACCGCGCCCCGACCCACGUCCAGCACCUCGCCGCCGGUGGCAAGGCUGCCACCAUGGCCACGCUCGUCGCCGAGAAGGACGACGUCGACGUCAUCGCCGACUACCUCAAGGAGGCCACGACGUACCGCCCGUCGAUCCUCGUCGUCUGCGGCUCGGGCCUCGGCUCGCUCUCCAAGUGCCUUACCAACACGGUGACGAUCCACUACAACGACAUCCCGCGCUUCCCCAAGUCGACGGUCGUCGGCCACGCCGGCGAGCUCGUCUUUGGCGAGAUCGAGGGCGUCCAGGUCGUCUGCAUGCGCGGCCGCUUCCACACGUACGAAGGCCACGACAUCCGCAAGACGACGCUCCCGAUCCGCGUCAUGAGCCUCCUCGGCGUCAAGUUCCUCAUCGUCACGAACGCCGCCGGCGCCUUGAACGAGACAUACAACGUUGGCGACGUCAUGAUCAUGGCCGACCACCUCAACAUGCCCGGCCUCGCGGGCAAGCACCCGCUUGUCGGCCCCAACGACGACCGCUUUGGCGAGCGCUUCACGCCGCUCUCGGACGCGUACGACGUCAAGCUCCAGAACCUCGCGUGGCGCAUGGCUAAGCAACACGAGAUGACGCACAAGGUGCGCCGCAACGGCGUCUACUGCUUCGUCUCGGGCCCGACGUACGAGACGCCCACCGAGUGCCGCCUCCUGCGCCUCGUCGGCGGCGACUCGGUCGGCAUGUCGACGGUCCCCGAGGUCAUUGUCGCCCGCCACUGCGGCAUGAAGACGGUCGGCCUCUCGCUCAUCACCAACAAGGUGGUCAUGCCGGGUACCCAGCGCACGGCGAUCCCGGCCUCGCACCAGGAAGUGCUCGACGCGGCGCUCGCGACGCAGACGCAGCUUGAAAACUACGUCAAGGACCUCAUGGUGGCCAUUGGCACGAGCUACGACGACGAGUCGCUCUCGGAACUCGUCGACGAAGAGUAA